ACAUUACCAGUGCCACGUAAUUUAAAGCAGGUUAAAUAAUGGGCUCGUCACAAAGUGUCGAAGUACCUGGUGGUGGAACUGAGGGUUACCAUGUCCUGAGAGUUCAAGCUGGAUCACCGGGCCACAAAGCCGGACUUGAGGCAUUUUUUGACUUUAUUGUGUCUAUUGGGAACAUCAGGCUGGACCAAGACAAUGACACGCUUAAGGAUAUAUUAAAAUCAAAUGUAGAUAAGGAAUUACAACUGACAGUUUACAACAGUAAAAAUCAGACUGUCAGACAAACAACAAUAGUACCGAGUUUGACAUGGGGUGGACACGGUUUGUUGGGUGUCAGCAUACGUUUUUGUUCAUUUGAAGGAGCUAAUGAAAACGUAUGGCACGUAUUAGAGGUUCAUCCGUCGUCACCAGCUGAGCUGGCUGGCCUCAGAUCCUUCACUGACUAUAUUAUUGGCGCUGAUUCGGCUCUGCAUGAAAGCGAAGACCUAUUUACGCUAAUUGAAGCCCAUGAAGCUAGGCCUUUGAAACUGUACGUCUACAACACUACUGAUGAUUCGUGUCGAGAAGUUACUAUUACGCCAAACUCCAAAUGGGGAGGAGAAGGCAGCCUUGGUUGUGGAAUCGGCUACGGGUAUCUUCAUAGAAUACCUAUUAGAAAUUUAUUUGAUAAUAAAUUAUAUCCAAACCCAUAUCAGACCAGCGUUAAAACUCCGAUUGCAGCACAAGCACAGCCUGUCAAUUAUGAGCCACCAGUUAAUAACAAUCCUGCCGUUACAACAGUACCUCCAGGGUUUACUAUUCCACCUAAUUAUGUUUCGACUACUGCUGAAGUAAUGCAACCUGGUGAAACUACUACAGUUGUUACACCGAAGAUACCAACGAUACCCAUACCUACGGUACCAGUGCCCCAAUCAAUGCCGAUAGAUACGUCCGCACCACCUAAGUUCAUCGAUCCUGCUAUUGCUGGUGCGACAACAACUACCAGUUCAGCCGCCAGUUUCUUCAAUCAGCCUAAUUAUUUACAAAAUGCAGAGCAAAUGUAUCAAAGUACACCAAGUAUACCCGGCAUGCCAGUAGCACCACCAGCCCAAGCAUUCCUUGUGGAUACAUCAAUUCCAGAGUCAUCGCCGAGUCUUCAAUACAGCUUCAAUUCACCACCAAUGCCGCAACAAACGAACAUGUCAAAUAUGCCGUACUUAUCACAGCCCCAGGUGGUUACGACACCAAUUUCACUUCCCGGCAUGCCUCCCAUCACCGUUUCAGCAAGCUUACCACAAACCAGCAACUUCUUUCCAAUGCAAGAUCAAAAUCAAAUGACAAACACCACAAAUGUUCCUAUGACUUCAGCUACGGCACAAUAAGUUUAAUAUAGUAUCUUCAUAAAAAAAUUAAUCAACUUCGUCUGAAUUAUUUUCAGAUCAAUAUAUCAAGAGAAUAAAGCUUAAUGGAUAAAUGAAAAUAAUACAACUAUUUUAUAAUAAACUCAUUAAACAAACAUGUCCAUUUUUUUAAAUGAGAAACAAACUAAUUAUUAAUAAUGAGCUUCUUAUUUUAAUGUUGAGAGCUCUGUGUAAAUAUGAUUGGAUCAUUUUGGAAAAUUUUAAAAGUUAUUAAUAAUUAAUAUAAUACUAAUUUAAAAAUAUAUCAAUUUAUAAUCAAUAAAUAUGUAUUG